AUGUUUAAAGAUAGAAAAGAUGCAGGUCAAAAGUUGAGAGACAAACUAUUGAACUUCAAAGGUGUUAGUAAUACUGUUGUGGUUGGUCUGCCUAGAGGUGGUGUACCUGUUGCUUUUGAGAUUGCAAAUGAUCUGUCGUUGCCACUCGAUAUUGUGGUUCCUCGUAAGAUAGGUGCACCCUUCAAUAAGGAGUAUGCUAUCGGUGCGAUUGCAGAGGAUGGUAAAGCCUACUUUGAUCGUGAAGCCAUCGAACAUCUCGGUGUGUCCACCAAGUACUUGGAGUCAGAGAUGGAGAAGCAACGUGCCGAGUCGAAACGACGUCUUCGUGUGUAUCGUGGUGAAAGACCACCUGUCGAUUUCAAAGAUAAAACAAUCCUGUUGGUCGACGAUGGAAUUGCAACGGGAUCGACAGUGAAAGCUGCAAUCGAAUCACUCAAGGUUCACCACCCGAAGGAGAUCAUAGUCGCCGUGCCAGUGGGUCCUCAAGACACCAUAUCGGAACUCAAAGAAUCAAUCAAUCAAGUGAUUUGCUUGGCAACUCCUCACCCUUUCAAUGCAGUUGGUUGUUUCUACUCAUUCUUUGAUCAAACCGACGAUGAUACCGUUAUUGAAAUGAUGAAACAUAAACCAUUAACACCUUCACAAUAA